AUGACUGCUGGCUAUAUUUCGCCACAUAAAAAAUUAAUUGAACGGGAAGAGGAGUAUCGCAGCGCCGAACUUUUCGAUUGGCUUCCAGAGAGACACGACGUCUCCGAGGAUAUUGGACAGCCCUUCGGAAUGGGCCUGAACGAGAUGACGGGCCUUGACCGCAUGACACACGCCAUCGUCAUGAAGAAGGGGGAUACACAAAUAUUCAGGAUUAAAAUAAUAAUUCCAGAGGGAACUGAUGAGUAUGUGUUCGUCCUCAAUGUGGAGCGUAUCGUCUUUGUGGCGCGAUAUUCUGCUCCCACCUUUCGUGCGUUCAACCCCAGGGACUUACAUAAAAGCAUGCUCAACUUAGCACGUAGCAUGAAUGCUAGAGUUGCCGUGAGAGAUGGGAAGGAUUUUACUCUUUCUCCCUCAACUCCAGAAGAUUAUGAAUUGGCGAUUUAUUCUUCGGCGGAUGAAUUUGAUACGACAGGAGCUCGGGACCAGUCGUAUUAUGAGACUGAAAGCAUGCACUUUCCCAAUGACCGAGUGCAGUGUGGUGAUUGA